CUUGGUCUUGGCACAUUUAUAUCACAUUUUUAUUUUCUGUGAAUACAGUUUCUCAGCCAACUAUCAGUAGGACAGAGGAGGAAGGAGAAAAAACAGGUUUGACCAGACCAAAAUUCCAAAGAUGGCCUUUUCACACCGACAAGUAAAGACUCAGGAUGGCCAAUGUGUUCGCAUAUCAGAGUUCGCAGGUUGACUGGUGUGAAGACAAUUUUCAGUUUUCAGAGAAAGUUGCAGAGUUUUAUAAUAUGAUCAGCAAUGUGAGUUUCUUUAUAUCUGCCCCUAUAAUGAUGUAUCUAUUACAUCCCUAUGCUCAAAAGAGGAACAAAGCUGUGUAUCUCAUCUGGAUCAUGGUGAUGUUAGUAGGAUGCUUCUCUGCAUAUUACCACAUGACUCUGAGCUACUUUGGUCAGUUAUUGGAUGAAUUAUCCAUCCUGUGGGUGUUGGCUAUUGCUUACAUGCUGUGGUUUCCCAAGAGACACUUAAAGUUCAUUAAAAGCAGGAAGACUUUUUCAUUGAUUGUCUUUCUCAUUGCACUGCUGAGCACAAUCCUGUCAUUUUUUAAACCAACACUGAAUGCUUAUGCACUGAAUAGCAUUGCCUUGCACGUCAUUUAUGUGAUUACACUUGAACUGAAAAGGUGUACAGAUCAAAGAAUAAUUCAUCUUGCCUUUGCCACGGUGGCUUGGUGGUUUAUAGCAAUUUCUUGCUGGCUAAGUGAUCGUUUGCUCUGUGCUUUCUGGAGACAGAUUAACUUUUACUACCUUCAUAGCUUCUGGCACGUGCUAAUUAAUAUGGCAGUUGUCCAUGGUGCUACGCUGUUUGCAUAUUUUGAUGCAUUUUAUGAAAUUCCAGAGACCAACCCAGAAGUGAAAUAUUGGCCCGAGAACUGGCGAUACCUGAGUGUGCCAUAUCUUGCUAUAAAAAUGAAAGAUCCUCUCCAAAAGAGCUGUUGAUGGGAUUGUGCAAUGUUAAAUCAUGUUAAACACAUUAUUAAUCAAUGCCUACAUAUAUUACCUGUAAGGUGCUCUUGUGGGAAUUUUAAUUAUGGUUGUUGGAAAGAGUCUAAUCUGAACUGAUGUAUUUGUCUUUUACAUACACUGGUUAAAUUAUUAUUAAGUGGAUGGAAAUGUUGUCAAACUUUAAAAUUUAGAGCACUUAUUUCUGUUUUAAUUAUAUCCAAUUGAUUAUGAUUUUGUGAAUUCUGGCUUCAUUGGUGAAGUCUGGAGACAAUGUUAUUAAAACCUUUUUUUAACCCAAUAUCAGUAUAAAAGCAGAAGAUGUGGGAAACACUCAGGAGGUCAGGCAACGUCUGUGGAAAAAUAAACGGUUAAUGUUUUAGAUUGGCGGCUCUUCGUCAGAAUCAGGAAAAGUUAGAGUGGUACCAAGCAGAAAAAGUGGUGAGGGGAGGAAAGAAUUUAAAGGGGAAGUCUGUGAUUGGGUGCAAGACAGGAGGGUUGAAAUGGCAAAAGGGAAUGAUGUUGUGAGGAGACUGCAGAUGAAUCCUGAUUGGUUGGCCUCUCUCUGUGCUUCCAUAAACCGUGGCUGACCACAGAAAUGUUCCAAUGUUCAUUUUUGUCUUGCAUCAUCAUUCAUUUUGCCAUUUAAUCUCUCCUGCCUUCCCCCCGUCACUUUCCAGUUCCCCCCUUCCCCGUGAUCUUAAAACUUUGUCCAUAUUCUCCAUAUUCAAAUCUCUACCUUUCUCUAAUUCUGGUGUAAGAUUAUUGGCCCAAAAUAUCAGUUCUAUUUCCCUCUCCACAGAUGAUGCCCAGUGCCUGCUGAGUGUUUCCAGCAUCCACAGUAUUUUCUUUUUCAGUUUAACUCCAAUCGAUGUAUAGCAUGGGUUAUUCAGGAAAAAGCUACUUCUGAAAGAAUAUUCCAGUUUUGUAGGCAGCCAUCCUUUGGGAACCUGCAGGAAGAGUGAACUCUAAUGAAUGUACUGUAAUUUUCUGCCCACACUGAACUGAGAGGACAAAACCCAACUCAGGAAAAAAAAAUUUAAUUAUUAUUAAAUACCUCCUCUAGAAAUUAUGGGAAUGGACAUCUUUUUAACCACUCUAGAAAUGGUUGUUAUUAUCAACACCUAUCACGUAAUCCAAUGUAGAACUAAUGAGUCAAUUAGUAACUCGGAGUAUUGCAAGUCCACAUUCAGCUGUGCAGCUCAUAAAGGCACAAUUUAUAACACAGAAUGAGGUCAACUGUCCUAUUAUCUUUCCACUGUAACAUGUCUUAAUGUUCCCUUUUAUUCUUUUAUAUUUCUAUUCAAAUUUUUGCUCAUUUGCACUAAGUAAUGUUCUCAAUAGCCGCUCACUUACUUGAGCUAUUGGCAAACUUUUAAUUUUAGAACAUAGAACAAUUACAGCACAAUUCAGGCCCUUCAGCCCACAAAGCUGUGCUGAACAUGUCCCUACCCUAGAAAUUACUAGGCUUACCCAUAGCCCUCUAUUUUACUCAGCUCCAUAUACCGAUCUAACAGUCUCUUGAAAGACCCUAUCGUAUCAGCCUCCACCAUCAUUUCCAGCAGUCCAUUCCAUGCACUCACCACUCUCUGAGUAAAAAACUUACCCCUGACAUCUCCUCUAUAUCUGCUCCCCAGCACCUUAAACCUAUGUCCUCUCGUGGCCACCAAUUCAGCCCUGGGGAAAAGCCUCUGACUAUCUAAUAAUUGUUUUUGUGAAAAAAAACCUUAUCUGUUGAUAUGCUGGCAAGGGCUUGAUAAUGAAAUGGCAUUGCUGUAAAGACUCUAUGGUUCUAUGUUAAAUUUGACUCCACAUCCCAUUAUUACUAAUUCACUAGAGUAGAAAAAUUCUCAACAUUUGUCAAAGCGCAAUCUUACCUUAAUUAACCUCUGAGCCAGUUGAUGACUUCUGUGUAUUUUACCAAACUGUAUCCAGAAGACAAACUUAGAAUGAAUCAUUUGAAACAGAAACUGGAGCAUUGUCACAAGGACAUAAUGUAGGAUAUGGAGAAUUUAUUGUCCACCGGCAGAAUACUAGACAAAACCAACCUAGAAAAUCAGAAAUAGUUGAACAGCUGUUUAAAUAUGCUAUAUAAUAUAUUAAAAUCCAUACAAAGGCCAAGCUUAUAAGCAGAGCCACUAUUUUUGACAAUUAAAUAGGUUAAAUUCAUAUUUUCCCAAGAAUUUGAUAGAUAUAUGAGACCAAGAGUACAGCAGAAUAAUGCUUAAGUUACUGAAUGAGCACCCAGAUACAUGAGUUCAAAUUCCACAAUGACAGCUGGUGAAUUUAAAUUCAAGUGACUAAAUAAAUCUGGAAUAAGAAGGUAUAGUAAACAUGAAGCUAUCAGACUGUUGUAACACCCCAUCUGAUUCCCUAAUGUCCUUCAAGGAAAGAAACCCAUGGCCCUGAUUUGGUCUGGCAAGCUUUGUACCUCCAGGCCCACAACAAUAUGUUUGACUCUUAACUGCCCAGUAAACCAUUCAGUCAGGGGUAAUUAGGGAUGGACAAUAAAUUCAGGCCUUGCUGGCGAGGUCCACAUUCUGUGAAUGAAUACCUGUCAAUAUAAAUGCAGAGGCAUGUUCUAAAGUUGAGCUCUACCCAAUAUUCUAUCACUUCCACUGUAGGAAAGAAAAGCAAAACUGUUUCCUUCAUUUGCAGCAAGACACUUUCUGAAGGCCCUGCAGUUAUAGAAUCUAGCAGAUUGUUUUCUGGGUAAAACUGGGAGUAUAAUCUUCCAGAAAAUGUUGAUCUUCACUACUCAGUUUGGGGACUGUACGAUUCUAUACUUCAAACCAGAAAAUUGAAAUCCCAAAACACAACAUUCCCUUUAACUAUGUUUUAACUAAACCAAGUGUAUGAGAAGGUACAGCAUCUAGUGUUGGGAAUGUAAUCUAUACAUGUCCAUUUUGUACAGGACGAUUAGCAGUGAAUGAUUUGGCUUUGCACUCCCAUCUCUUUCAUUUCCUCUUGGAAGCUACUGGUGAGUGGCCAUCUGUGUUCAUGUUGCUUCUUAAUUGCUUUACAACUUUUAAGAGCCUUCUAAAGGAACACAAAAGCUUCUGAUUCUGGUCUAUCUAUUCUUUUUCUCCCCGGAUCUCUUCCUUCUGUUUUCUCGGCUUUUAAACUCCCCAAUCCAAUUGACUUGCACAGAUUUGCCUUCCUGGAGAGAAUGAAAAGACAAUCUUUCCUAUGUCAUAAAAUCCAUGAAAGGAAAUCGCUUUCUGGGAUUAAAUGCCCUUUAAAAAGUGGUAAUCUCAAGCAUACAUGAAAUAUUUUGAUGAAAGCCAUACUUCCCUGGCUAGUUCAUGUCUCUUAGUGUCUCUGAUCAAUCAGCUACAGAGGGCCAUAAACCAACUCUAUUGUUUAUCUCAUGGCUAACUUCACAAACAAUUGUGCCCCAUCAAUCUGUCUCUUGGCCUGCUGUCAGUUUUAUGACAUGUACAGUUCCUGUGUUGGCCACUUGUUGGUUCUCUCAAGUGUGAUUUCCUGUAUCUUGUGUUCUUUAGAUCUCAGCCCCCUCAGACUAUUGCUAUUAACUCUUUAGGGUUUCCUGGAAUUCAUUACUGGCAGUUCCACAAUUUCAAUUUAUUUCCCUUUGUAGAAACUGUGACAUAGUACUUACUUUGGCACCUCUGCCAUUCCCUCAGUCCCUAUCACAUUUGGUGCCUUAUCUCUUAGCCCUUCCCUGACUGAUUUUACUCUUUCUACUGUUUUGCCCAGAAAAGAUUGUAGAGUUUUCUGGCAUUAUCUGAGCAGAAUUUUGCCAAUUCAUAAUAUUUCUUGUACAUCAAAUGUUGGAUUUCAACUGAACAUUAAAUCCAAUGGUUUGGGAUUAGAUUUAAUGGUGAUAGUCUGAAAAAUUAACAGAGGUGCAGGAUCAUGGCUGGAGCCUCACAGAGUCCUGGAAACACCAGAUACUCAAGAAGAACUAUCUUGAAGAAUGAACCUUGAUCUAUGGUGGCAUGGGUGCAUUAUUAUGUCUACGGUACAUAUAGUAGG